GGUGGGCGCAUUCGGUCGUUCAAUCAAACUCAACUGGUUCUUCGACGGUCUUCCGGCGUGUCCUGGGGACAGCGUGGCUCGCCUGGCGCCUGCUCUCUUUUCCUCUUCUCCCCCUCUGUCGACUCGAAACGGACGAGCGUCCGGUACAUCUCGCCCCCCGGGUCUCCUACACUCCUUUGCCUCACUGUGUCGCGCCUGUCCCCCGCGACCAUGGACUACAAUACCAACACCACCUUCGGCGCGGCUUUUAUUGGCUUUGGGUGCUCAUGCGUGUUACUUGGCACACUCAGUAGUCAAAUGUACCAGUACUUCCGGCGAUAUCCCCAAGACCGUCCAUUCUACAAGGCCUUGGUAGCAUCGCUAUGGCUCCUCGAAGUCGUCGACUCGAUUUUCAUCGCAUGCGCGGUGUAUUUCUAUGUGGUCACCAACUGGGGGAACCCCCUAGUCUUGAUAAUGCACGUUCAAUGGACAUUGAUUCUACAAGUCACACUAGGCGCGACGGCGGGAGCGAUCGUGAAAGCCUGCUUCGCCAUGCGUGUCUGGAGAUUCAGCAACUGCAAUAUCUGGAUUACAACCCUAAUUCUAUUUUUGACCUUCGGUCAGCUCGCGAUGGCAUGCGUCUACACCGCAGAAGCAUUCAAGGUCGCCAAGCUCACCAAACUCGGUGAUCUAAAGCUCGUUGGAACCCUCUCGCUCGGAAUGGGGGUAGCGACGGACGUAGUCACCGCUCUUACGUUGUGCCACUACCUACGGAACUUGCGCACAGGAUUCUCGAAGGAUGAUUCACUCGUGAACAGGUUGACGCUCUACGCAAUGAACACAGGACUCCUCACUAGUGCGAUCAGUCUGACUACUGUGAUCUUGUACGACAUCAUGCCCGAAAACUUCAUCUUCAUGGGCUUCUACUUCGUCCUGAGCAAGUUGUACGCCAAUUCCUUCCUGGCAACGCUGAAUACUCGCAGGGUUGUCCGUGGCCGCGGCACCGAUGGCGAGCACGCCACGGUGCCCACGUUCCUCAUGCUCGAUAAGGCGACCCGGCUUGCGUCCCAACAUGAUGCUGAAACGGGAACGGCUAUUGAGGUUGGCGUGCACAGAGAGGUGUCAAUCCAUAAAGACUACUCACUCCAGUCAUCGCAAUCUGCCGACCCCGUAUAAGACGACGGCUCCUCGGAACUGAAAUGACAUCAAGCAGAUGCUGCCCUCUCUGAGAGACGCUCUUUCGAGAGCUGCCUACACGACCUGCACGCGCCUGCGCUUAC